AUGCUCACGAGCUGUCUGCAUGCUCAUACCAGAGUUCCCUUCACACUGCGCCCUCCCCUCACUCACAGACCGGUUGUCUAUCUCGUUCUUUCUCUCUUCCAUGCGCUCUCUCGUCCCUCUUCUGCCCCUAAACCUUGUGUCCACUUCACUCCCUUUCAUUCUCCUCCCUCAUAUGCGUGUGGAUCCAAAAUCUCUAAGCGAUGCUGCCCCGCCACAUGUGGGAGCUGCCCUGCAGGAGCCACGCGCACUGUUGCUUUCGGCUACAUUCCAUACUGCAUCUGCCCUCCCGGCUACGGCAUGACCAGCACUGGCUGCAUCAGCGAGCACAUGCGGGAUGCAUGUGUGACAGAGCACAUGCGGGAUGCAUGUGUGACCGAGCACAUGCGGGAUGCAUGUGUGACCGAGCACAUGGGGGAUGCAUGUGUGACCGAGCACAUGUCGGAUGCAUCUGUGACAGAGCACAUGCGGGAUGCAUGUGUGACAGAGCACAUGCGGGAUGCAUGUGUGACAGAGCACAUGCGGGAUGCAUGUGUGACAGAGCACAUGCGGGAUGCAUGUGUGAUAGAGCACAUGCGGGAUGCAUGUGUGACAGAGCACAUGCGGGAUGCAUGUGUGACCGAGCACAUGCGGGAUGCAUGUGUGACCGAGCACAUGUCGGAUGCAUCUGUGACAGAGCACAUGCGGGAUGCAUGUGUGACAGAGCACAUGCGGGAUGCAUGUGUGACAGAGCACAUGCGGGAUGCAUGUGUGACAGAGCACAUGCGGGAUGCAUGUGUGACAGAGCACAUGCGGGAUGCAUGUGUGACAGAGCACAUGCGGGAUGCAUGUGUGACCUAG